AUGGAAUCGCUUCUUACACAAACUAUUUCUUCACUACGGAAAGAGAGAAACACAUUCGAAAAGCUGAAUUUGCAACGGAAAAUUGGCGAUGGCAUAUUGACAAAGCGCUCGAAAGCGAAUAAACUGAAGAAGUCGAGAUCUGGAACAACUAAUGAAACGCCAUCGCUAAGUCGUAUCUACGCAUCUUCGGCUAACUUCCGAACACGAAGAACUUACCAACAUGGUGCCACAUUCAUCAAAUGUUAUUCCCUAAUUCUCAAACGACUAAAACACGAAGAGUGGAAGUUCGCUGCUCUCGCUCUCGAUCGCCUGUGUUUGAUUUUGUUUACCUUUCUAAUUGCUUCGUUUGUGAUUUCAAUGAUCUUUUCAACGCCUCAUUUUGAUGCUUGA